AUCGGAGUAGGGCAAGACAAGUCGGUCUACAGAGGCUGGUGGGGCUCCAGGGAUGUGGCCAUUGUUCGGUUCCGUUCAGGCAACAUCGAUACAGAAGCUGGAGCGAUGCUGAGGCUGAGCAGGCAUCCGCAUCUCAUCACUCUGUAUGGAUUUACAACAGAUGCAUUUGGUAGCAAGUUCUUGAUCGAAGAGUUGGCACCGCUAGGUUCCCUGGAUGUUGUUGCAGAGAACCUCGCGCAGGAGCUCCGUGCGGAUGAGACAGGUCGUCAGAGCAUCUUCCUGGACAUCCUUCACCAGAUUUCGUCGGGAAUGCAUGGUGUUGUUGAUGCUGGUCUGCUCCAUCGCGAUCUGUCGCUGAGAAACAUCCUUGUAGUGCAUCUAGAU